AAUUCAGUGUGGACGAGGAACCAGUCUAGACUGCUGUGAUUCACAUGGCAUUCCCGUUUUGAUAAGCAUUGCUCCGAGAUAUAAAUGGUUGACUUUAUCCGAAGUUUAUUUGAGAGUGAAAUUGACAACACAUGUACACAAGCGAAGUAAGUGGUAGAGGACACGUAUAUUUGCUGGGGAUCACAUGGAUUCCAAACGUAACGUUGUUGCCAUGUGGGGAUUUCUAGUCGCGUGCUUGUUGUUUCCCGCUAGCUCAACCAGUGCACAUUUGCACGGACCAAACACACCUGGAUCCGACACUAACUCUUCUACGCGUGCAGCGGAAGACAUGCAUUACCACGGUAACAGGACCGAUACACUUUCCAGGCGGAAUAUGGGAUUACAUUUUUCGUCAUUACUGAUGUCACUGUAUUCGAAUUCCGGUAUACUGAAAGUGAACGACGUAAUACGCAUGUUGAGAGAUGUCGGGGUACAUUUAGGCGUUGAUGACAAUCAUCAACAUCAGCCCGAUCAUAAUCAUCAUCAUGAUCAACGGCACAGACGAAAACGUGGCCCUGGACACAUCAGCCGCCAUGCGAGAGAUGUAUCAAAGACUGAACACAUAUCACAUGGCUUUGAAACAAGUGAAGCGACACAUUUUACGGAAAACAACGAGAGCAACGACGAUAUGUGCCUCGGUCUGGACAAUGUGGCGAUGUUACAUGGAGGGGGCAUUCGUGACCCGCAGGACAUGAUGUAUCUAGCCCCAGUAAUACUGUACCAGCUGACCCAUAUCUGUGACGACCGUUUGCCCGAUAGCGCCGACCACCCUUCACCUGACCAGCAUCAGCAUCAUCAUCAUCACCACCACCACCGCCACCUCCAGAGGCAGCAUGAAACUAUAAAGACCAACAGAAACGAAAGCGGAGGAGUUGGGAGUAAACUGCAUAUUGAGAAAGGUGACCGUAGCCAUGGUGAUCAGAUCCAUGAACACCUUAACGUGGGCCGUAGCCAUAGCAACAUGGAUCAUGACCAACGUCAUCUAAACCAUCCUUCAAAGAAAGUGGAAGAGAAGGGUAACCAUAACGACAGACAUCCAGGGUUAGAUGAACAAAAUGGUUACCAUGACGACCAUGGUGACGACAAACAUCAUAAUUCUAAAGGAAAGGAUACAAAGCACAGCGUUGAACAUAUAAAUUAUGAUUCUGAAGAAAAGGACACGGGUCACCAUGGUGACCACGAGCACAAUAAUCAGUCGGAAAUCAAAGGUUAUCAUAGUGGCCAUGUGCACCAUGUUCAUAAAGAAAUGGAGACCAAUAGAAGCCACAUACACCAUGUUUCUACAGACAAGGGCAAGCGUCUCCAUGGUGACCACAUACACCAUGUCUCUACAGACAAGGUCAAGCGUCUCCAUGGUGACCACAUACACCAUGUCUCUACAGACAAGGACAAGCGUCUCCAUGGUGACCACAUACACCAUGUCUCUACAGACAAGGGCAAGCGUCUCCAUGGUGACCACAUACACCAUGUCUCUACAGACAAGGGCAAGCGUCUCCAUGGUGACCACAUACACCAUGUCUCUACAGACAAGGACAAGCGUCUCCAUGGUGACCACAUACACCAUGUUUCUAAAGACAAGGACAAGCGUCUCCAUGGUGACCAUGUCCAUGAAUUGCCUGGCCAUCUUGAUCUUGACCACCACGAAGACAACACACAUCACCACUUCUAUCAAACACCAAUAAAAGUGUGGGGAUUCAGCAUCCUUGCUGUUCUCCUCAUCAGUCUCGUGGGCCUCGGGAGCGUCGUCAUCAUCCCAAUCAUGAGGAGCGUCUUCUACAACUACGUUCUGCAGUUCCUGGUUGCCGUUGCUGUCGGUGCACUCACUGGGGACGCCCUGCUCCACCUCUUGCCACAUGCAAUGUCAGGAGAUGUCCAUGACAACCACGAAGAAACAGACGAGGACGAUCACCAUAGCGACCAUGUCGAUUACCAUAGCAACGCUGUGUGGAUGGGACUGUGUGGAAUGGGUGGAGUGAUAACUUUCUUCACCAUGGAAAGGCUGCUCAGGAUAUUCAUGGAGAGAAAAGCGAAGAUGAAGGAAAGGAAGGCCAAGUCUGUUCCGUACCCGCAGAGUCCUGACAACGCCGCGGUCGACUGCGUGGUGGGCGUCAAGCUGUCAGCUCACGAGGACCCUGACUACCAGGAAUGCGAGGAAAUGAUGUUUAACGUGUACAGGGAGCGCAGAUUACCACUUGGAGCAUGCGCAAGCAGCCUUCUGUCAAUUGCGGCAGUCUCCCAUCCCAACAUCAGUGCAUCGCGAUGUGAGGCUCAGCCUCUUUCUGAGGCUCAAUCUGACAAAGGUCACGGUCACUCUCAUUUAACCAAUGAGCUCCCGUCGUCAGUAGCAACGAUUGCAUGGAUGGUGAUUCUUGGAGAUGGUAUCCAUAACUUCAGCGACGGCCUCGCACUCGGUGCAGCCUUCGCCAACAGCAUCACAGGCGGUAUCAGCACCACCAUCGCCAUCUUCUGCCACGAACUGCCACACGAGAUAGGAGACUUUGCCGUGCUGCUGCAGGCGGGGAUGUCGGUGAAGCAGGCCCUCGUCUACAACUGUGUCUCCUCUGUGCUCUGCUUCCUGGGGAUGAUCUUUGGUGUUGCCCUUGGUAACGUGGGCGAAGCCUCUCUUUGGAUCUUUGCCUGUAUUGCUGGAACCUUCCUCUACAUCGCUCUGGUUGAUAUGCUCCCCGAAUUGUGUGUUCAACCAACGAAGGGAGACAAUCCUUACUCUAUACUGGGCAUACAGCUGUUGGGUAUUUUGGUAGGGACGAGUAUCAUGGCUUUAAUUGCAGUGUAUGAACACAGCUUGAUGAAGCUGCUGGACAUGUGACGUGUACAGCUGUAUUAUAGUCAUUCCACUCGAGGUUACCAUGACAACCGAGUACAAAUUGUGUUACCAGGUGAUGUCUUUAUUGGAACGGAGAGGUUAACCCUGAAAUCGGUCGUACAAAACUAAAUUGGUUAAUAAGUAAAUAACCACACGAUAUCAAAGAAUAACCAGCAAAAAUAUGGAAAAAUACAGUUUUAUGUUUACGAUAGAAAAGGUCAUAAACUUGGUAAAUGAGUGAGUUUGGUUUUAUGCCGCUUUCAGCAAUAUUCCAGCAAUAACACGGCGGGGGACACCAGAAAUGGGCUUCACACAUUGUACCCAUGUCGGUAAUCGAACCUAGGUCUUCGACUAGACGAGCUAACGCUAUAAUCGUUAGGCUACCCCACCGCCCCUAAAGGUGGUGAAAAAAAGUGAUAGCAACAAGAAGUAGCAGUCCUAAACUGAAUGAAAGUGCUCUGACGAAUGUCCAGAUUUAUGUCACUGUAGAAUGUCUUGGAACAGGAUGUCUCAGUUCUUGAAUCAAGAACAGUGUUGGAAUCUGGCAGGAAUUCAGUGUUUUCAGAUAGGUAUGCAAUCCCCACUUGGCAAGCCCAGGUAAAAAAAAGGCUUAAAAUCCCCCCUUUCUAUUUAGAUACCGUCUCAUCCCGAAAUAUCCCGAACGAUCAAGCAACCAGGUUGUUCGCGAACCAAGGGUAGAUAACUCUAAAUUCCACUCCCUUCUGCCGAAAGCCCUUGACAUUUUACUGGCACUUCAAUCAUUUGCUGCCCCGACAAUUACUGCAAAUACAUCGACAACAGUCUCUACUACCACAUCACGAUUGCUUUUUGCUUUAACCAACAAGUUUGGAGGGAUUCGAUGUUAAGAGAACCAGCUGUAAUUCAUAUUUGCUAUUAGAGAAACUUUUGUAACUUAACAUAACUUUGACAAUGGCAGACUAUUGAACAUGCAAUGUUUAUUUACAUAAUCUAACAGAUAUUGUGAAUCGUGGUUGUUAAGAUUAGAUAUAGGAAGAAUAUUCCACAUUGUACCUGCAUUCCUCAUCAUGGGUUCAUGAUUCGCCUGAAUAUAUGGUGAAGCUGAAAUACUUCAACUAUACUUUAAUAAAAACAUUCCAAUUUAG